AUGGACGCGGAGAUGGAAAUCCCGAAGCUGCUCCCGGCUCGCGGGUCGCGACAGGGCGGCGGCGCUGGCAGCCCCGGGGGCGGCGGCCGGAUCCACGGAGGUCCUGACCCGCGGGCCGGCCAGGCCCCCGCGCGCCGCCUCCUGCUGCUCCGGGGCCCCCAAGAUGGCGGGCCCGGGCGGCAGCGUGAGGAGGACCGCGCGGCCUCCCCGGGCCCGGGCCCUAGCCCGUUGGUGCCGAGGCCCGAUCACGCUGGCGGCGGCGGCGGCGGCGGCGGCGGCGGCGGCGGCGGCGGCGGCGGCGGCGGCGGCGGCGAUGACUUCUUCCUGGUGCUGCUGGACCCGGUGGGUGGAGACGUAGAUUCCACGGGCGCCGGCCAGGCCGCAGGGCCCCUAUGGAGGGAGGAGGCCGGGCUGGGCCCACGGUUCCAGGGGCACGAAAGCGGCGCGAACCCCGAGGGCCGCCCUUCGCUGGGCCCCAGCUGCCUGUCCGCUAUCCGCGCCCCAGUCCCGGCCCUGGCCCCGAUCCCCGCCCCAGGCAUGGGCCCCGCCGCGGCCUUCGCGGGCACCGUCACCAUUCACAACCAAAACCUGCUGUUGCGCUUCGAGAACGGCGUCCUCACCCUGGCCACGCCCCCGCCGCCAGCCUGGGCGCCUGGGGUCGCCCCUGCCCCGCAGCCCGGGGGUCUGAUUGCCCCGCAAGCGGGGAUCCCACACGCCGCGCAGCCUGGCGACUGUCCCGAGCUGCCGCCCGACCUCCUGCUGGCCGAGCGGGCCGAACCCGCGCCCGCCCCAGCGCCCGAGGAGGAGGCGGAGGGCCCGGUUGCUGCUGAGAGCCCCCGCGGGCCGCUAGGCCCGGGCCAGGGCAUGGUGCUGUACCUGUGUCCUGAGACGCAGUGCGGACAAACCUUUGCCAAGAAGCACCAGCUGAAGGUGCACCUGCUGACGCACAGCAGCAGCCAGGGCCAGCGGCCCUUCAAGUGCCCCCUGGGCGGUUGCGGCUGGACCUUCACUACCUCGUACAAGCUCAAGAGGCACCUGCAGUCACACGACAAACUGAGGCCCUUUGGCUGCCCGGCAGAGGGCUGUGGCAAGAGCUUCACCACGGUGUAUAACCUCAAAGCGCACAUGAAGGGCCAUGAGCAGGAGAACUCAUUCAAAUGCGAGGUGUGUGAGGAGACCUUCCCCACGCAGGCCAAACUCAGCGCCCACCAGCGCAGCCACUUCGAGCCUGAGAGACCCUACCAGUGCGCGUUUUCGGGCUGCAAGAAGACAUUUAUCACAGUGAGUGCCCUGUUUUCCCAUAACCGCGCCCACUUCAGGGAACAGGAACUCUUUUCCUGCUCCUUUCCUGGCUGCAGCAAACAGUACGACAAGGCUUGUAGGUUGAAAAUUCACCUUCGGAGCCACACUGGUGAGAGACCGUUCCUUUGUGACUUCGAGGGCUGUGGCUGGAACUUCACCAGCAUGUCCAAACUCCUAAGACACAAAAGGAAGCACGACGAUGACCGGAGGUUCAUGUGUCCUGUAGAAGGCUGUGGGAAAUCUUUCACGAGGGCCGAACAUCUGAAAGGCCACAGCAUAACCCACCUGGGCACAAAGCCUUUUGUGUGCCCCGUGGAAGGCUGCUGCGCCAGGUUCUCUGCUCGCAGUAGUCUCUACAUUCACUCCAAGAAACACUUGCAGGAUGUGGACACUUGGAAAAUCCGAUGCCCAGUCUCCACUUGUAAUAAACUCUUCACAUCCAAGCACAGCAUGAAGACCCACAUGGCCAAAAGGCACAACCUGCGCCAGGAUCUCUUAGCUCAGCUAGGAGCUGCAAAUUUUCUUACGCCCAGCAGUGAACUUACCAGCCAGGGGCAGAAUGACCUCAGUGAUGCAGAGCUUGUGUCUCUCUUCUCUGAUGUGCCCGGUAAUAGUUCUGCUGCAGUAUUGGACACCGCAUUGGUGAACUCUGGGAUCUUGACUAUUGAUGUGGCUUCUGUGAACUCAACUCUGGCAGGGAAGCUCCCUGCUAAUAAUAAUAAUAAUUCCUUAGGGCAGGCGGUGGACCCUCAGGCCUUGAUGGCCACCAGUGACCUUCCUCAAAGUCUGGAUACCUCACUCUUCUUUGGAACGACAGCCGCUGGUUUUCAGCAGAGUCCCUUAGAUACAGAUGACGUCUCAAGUCUAAGUGCGGGGCCGUUGGGAUCUCUGAGCUCUUUGGCUAUGAAAACCUCGAAUCAAGAGCCCCAAGCUUUGACCCCCAGCAGUAAGCUAACAGUAGACACAGAUGCUCUGACUCCUUCGAGCACCCUUUGUGAAAACAGUGUCUCAGAACUACUGCCGCCAACCAAAACGGAAUGGAACGUACGCCCUGACUCUGACUUCUUUGGACAGGAGGAAGAAACCCAGUUUGCAUUCUCCAAUCCAGCAGGAAACCAUGGGUCUCAGAAAGAAACAGAUCUUAUCACAGUGACUGGCAGCUCAUUUUUGGUAUGAACUACACUCUAUUCAUUCCUUGCCACAUGGCUUAUUUUACUGAUGACACUCAACUUUAAGAGUAUUCUGGACUAAAUGUUUAAAUGCAGUCAUUUCUUACAGGUUUGAAAAAGAACAGAGCCCUGGGCUACAAGUUUGGAGAUUUAAAUUCUGAUCUUGAGUCUGGAACUGACAGGUUGUGUGACCCUGAGCAAGUCACUUAUCCUAUCUGAGCCUUAAUUUCCUUAUUUAUAAAAUGUGGUGGUUUGAAUAGAUUGUUUCUAAGGUCUUUUCACCUCUAUAAUUCCUUGAUAAUAUGCUUCUUUCCUUGAAAAAAAUUAGGACAUUUUUCAGUGA